AUGACCGAUGGCAAUAUUGGAGGAAUCGGUAGUGAAACCGAAAUUAUUGGUAGCGCUUCUGAAAUUAUUAAAGAUCGUCUGUAUUUUGCCACAUUACGAAUAAGACCAAGAUCGACUGUUCAUACACAUUAUUUUUCUAUUGAUGAUGAAUUCAUAUAUGACAAUUUCUAUGCUGAUUUCGGUCCACUCAAUUUGGCUGUCGUUCAUCGUUACUGUACAAAACUUAAUAAGAAGUUAAAUAAUCCAACAUUGUCGCAUAAACGAAUUAUUCAUUACACAACAUUUGAUCCAAAGAAACGUGCUAAUGCUGCAUUUUUAGUUGCUGCCUAUUCAAUUAUUUAUCUAAAACGAACACCUGAAGCCGCAUAUAAACCGUUGAUCAAUGGUAUUAAUGCUGCACAUCCAUUUUUACCUUUUCGAGAUGCAUCACUUGGGUCAUCGUCGUAUAACUUAACUUUACUAGAUACGAUGCAAGGUCUCUAUAAGGCAAUGCUUCAUGGAUUUUUUGAUUUUGAAAAUUUUGAUCUUGAUGAAUAUGAGUAUUAUGAAAAAGUUGAAAAUGGUGAUUUAAAUUGGAUUGUACCUCGCAAAUUGCUGGCUUUUUCAGGUCCACAUGCGAAGAGUAGAAUUGAAAAUGGUUACCCUUUACAUGCACCAGAAACUUAUUUUACCUAUUUUCGAAAACGUAAUGUAACAGCGAUUGUACGAUUAAAUAAAAAAAUUUAUGAUGCAAAACGUUUCACUGAUGCGGGCUUUGAACAUCAUGAUUUAUUUUUUCCUGAUGGUAGUAUACCGAGUGAUGCAAUUACAUUGAAGUUUUUAACCAUAGCUGAACAAGCCAGAGGUGCUGUAGCUGUCCACUGCAAAGCUGGUCUCGGCCGAACGGGUACAUUAAUUGGAGCGUAUUUGAUGAAAAAUUAUAGAUUUACAGCAGCUGAAGUAAUUGCUUGGUUAAGAAUAUGUCGACCUGGCUCAGUUAUUGGUCCACAACAAAAUUAUCUUGAAGAAAAACAAGCAUGGAUUUGGUCGUUAGGUGAUGCCUAUAGAACAAAAGAUCGGCCACGAUAUACAUUAACUCUUGGUGGAAAUUCUACGGUGGAUGCAAGUUUUCAAAAUCCUCUUCGAUAUUCAAUUAAUAAUGUUAUUGGAGAUUAUAAUAACAUAGAAGAAGAGAAAGACGAUGUAAUUACUCAGGGUGAUCGAUUAAAUGAAAUCAAAGCACGUCGUAUACAUCAUCAAUAUCCAACAUCGUCAGCGAAUAUGAAUGUCACUUCAAGUCUUACAUGUAAACAUUGUAUGAAACUGUAUAAAUCAUUAUCGAUACUUAACAAGCACAUUCAAAGUCAACAUUAUCGAACAACUAAUCAAAAGAAUCAUAAUGAUCAUCAAUCAUUAAUGACAUGUAAUAAAUGUAUUAAUAAAAAAAUUUCAUCAAAAAAAUCAUUACAACUACAUCAAAGGCAAAUGCAUAACAACAAUAAUUCUAUCGUCAGUGAUAAUAAAAAGGAUAGGUUGGACCCAUCAACAUCAUUUACACGUGCACAUACAUCCUUAACUUCUGCAAUUAGUACGCCAAUGCAUAGUAUGCCAUCGACUGAUAUACGCCGUAGUUACGCACCGAUGUCAACUACGUCUUCUAACGUUCUAAUAAAUACGACAACACGAAAACCUCGUUCAUACAUUUCAUCGGCAACUUCAAUGAUGAAAGGUCCUGUAUAUCCUCCAACUGGUCGCUAUAUGCAUGCAACAACAAGUAACACUAAUGCAACAUUAACUAUAUCUGAUACUGAUAAUCGUGACCCAAUAUCAUCAACAAUAUAUAAAAGUACACAACGUGGCAAAUCUCCAGCAACGCCAAUGUCUAGUAUCACAUUACCAACACAUACAUAUUACACACGAUCAAAAUCGUCUUAUUCCAAAUAUUAA